AUGUCACCCUUGGCCUUGUGUCCCCUCCUGGUGCCACCAUCAUUGUCCCAAUGUCCCCAAGGCCACCAUCACCUCAGUGUCCCCUCCUGGUGCCACCAUCAUUGUCCCAAUGUCCCCAAGGCCACCAUCACCUCAGUGUCCCCUCCUGGUGCCACCAUCACCCCGAUGUCCCCAAGGCCACCGUCACUCAAUGUCACCCUCAGCCUUGUGUCCCCUCCCGGUGUUCCCAAGGCCUCAAUGUCCCCAAGGCCACCAUGGCCCCCAUGUCCCCAAGGCCUCAUGUCCCCUCCUGGUGUCACCGAUGAUCUGAUGUCCCCAAGGCCGUUGUCACUCCAGUGUCACCUCUGGUCUCGCAUCCUCUUCUGGUGCCACCAUCGCCUCACUGUCCCCAAGGCCACUGUCACCUCACUGUCCCCAAUGCCACUGUCACCCCAGUGUCCCCAAGGCCACUGUCACCUCAGUGUCCCCAAGGCCAUUGUCACCCCCCUGUCCCCAAGGCCACUGUCACCCCUCCCUGUCCCCAAGGCCACUGUCACCUCAGUGUCCCCAAGGCCACUGUCACCCCUCAGUGCCCAGUGCCACUGUCACCCCCUGUCCCCAAGGCCACUGUCACCCCUCAGUGUCCCCAAGGUCACUGUCACCCCCCUGUCCCCAAGGCCACUGUCACCUCAGUGUCCCCAAGGCCACUGUCACCUCAGUGCCACCUCAGUGUCCCCCCUCACUGUCCCCAAGGCCACUGUCACCCCCCAGUGCCACCUCACUGUCCCCCUGUCCCCUCCCCCAUUGACCAAAAUCCGAUUUUUUCAACCAUUUUUAUUCAUUGCCUUCGUUGGGGACAUUUUGGGGACAUUUUGGGGACAUUUGGGGACAUUUGUGCACAUUUGGGGACAUUGGGGACAUUUUGGGGACACUUGGGCACAUUUUGGGGACAUUUGGGAACAUUUAGGGACAUUUGGGGACAUUUGGGGACAUUUGGGGACACUUUGGGGACAUUUGGGCACAUUUGGGGACAUUGGGGACAUUUGGGGACAUUGGGGACACUUUGGGGACAUUAGGGGACAUUUGGGGCACAUUUGGACAUUGGGGACAUGGGGGACAUUUGGGACCAUCUUGGGGACAUUGGGGAACCACAUUGGACAUUUGGGCACAUUUGGGGACAUUUGGGGACAUUAG